AUGGCACCACCCGAAAAGGUAUUUCCUGUCAGUGAGCUUGAGAACCGCGUUCAUCUAUACGACGUAGACUACAAGGAGAAAUCACGCAAACUGCCCAAGGAUUUCGACCUGAAGAAAGACUGUGAACUUUACGAACUGGUACAAUACAGCUGCACGACGCAGGAGGAAGUGAGCGAACGCGCAAUGUUGGGCCUCUCAAAGCCGCAUUCUGCCGUCCGAGGUGAGCUCGAGUGCUACCCUUUCGUCCGGCUGUUUAGGAAGUGCAAGAAUGGAAAUCAAGAGUUCAACGUUGAAACAACAGCUUGGGAAGGCAGACACAGAUGGAAGCCAAGCAAGAGACUGUUGGAGCAGGCAGCACAGGAGAGGCAGGCACAGGAGCAAGAGCAAAAGAACAACGACAACGAAAAUAUAUUUGCCAAAUAUGGUAGCUUCUUCUGGUCAGGAAAAUGA